GCCAAAAUGUAAUAGACCUAUGCCAUUUGAUAUUCAAUCUCCAACCGCAAAACUCAUGAUCCUAAAUGUUUUGUUAGCAGAAAAAAUUUGCCGAGUCAUGUUGAGUUGAAGAGGAAGUGUGUGAUUAAGACUUCCUGAGAAAACCGAACGUGCAUUCGAGAGAAUUCAUUUUCCUGUUGAAUGGUUCCACAACAAAGAGUUCAACUCAUCAAUGAUAAAGGCUUGAAGACAUCCAAGUUCCUGAAACAACAAACAUAAGAAUCUUCCCUGUGUAAAUCGAGGUGAUGUACCGAGUAAUUUGUAUAAAGAGUGAUGGUAAUUUUAAACUCAGGAAAAACUUUUGUUUCAGAGUCACGUCCUUCUUUAGCUUACAAUUAUGUCAAGUUAAUUGCAGAAACUUUGCCACUGUUAACGUUCCAACAGUACUUUAUCCACGAGCAAAACACCUCUUAAUCCGAUUUGUAAGUCAUACGGUAUACUUUUUGAGAUGAAAUUUGUAUCUUUAAAUUGUUGAUGAUAACGAUAGCUUGUUAUUUUUAUAUCUUGUCUGUCUAUAUCGGCUCGAAUUCCACAUUAGUUUAAUUGGAAAAUUUAAAACAAUGGUCUUCGAGCGAAAACUUCUCUCACUAAUCCUAUGACAAGUGUCUGUGAAGUAGGAAACUAUAAGUAUGUUAAUUUUCAGAGUCAUCGUUUAGUUGAAGACCACGAAUUCUAAAGACAGAGAUAAUAGCAAUGAUGUACAAUGUCAAUAAUUUCUUUAAAAAAAACGAAAAGGUCACAAUUCAAAACAAUGGUCUCUGAUAUUUCGGUGUUCUUUUCACUCAAAAAUUUUUUUUCCCUUACUGAAUCUGUAUCAAUUGACUUCUUGAAGACAGACACAGAAAAGUUGAUUGUUAACUCGUGACUCAAUGACCAAGCUUCAAAUUCUUGAUCAAGAUAUUCUUUCCACUUUCAUGAACCAUGACGAAGUAAGGUUCAUUAACUAUUGCUGAUGAAUCGAACGUGGCCGGAUAAAUAAAUAUAAUCUAUUUAUCUAUCUAUGAAAACGUAGGAAAAGAACGGCUACUGAAGAUAAGAUUGAUUGAUUGCAAAAAAUUCAAAAGAUAAAUUUAAAAAAUUGGCUAUGUUUGUUUGAACCCUUUUAAUAUAUGUGUUGCGAUGCCAUUGCUGCAAAAACUUUCGAGGAAAUGUUUUUAUUGAACAAAAAAAAUGAUACCUGUAGGUAAGGAAGUUCGAUAUAUGCAGAGUUGCUACAAGUAAUUUGAAUUUGUAGUUUUCAGGGCUUUUUUAAAUUUUUGAAUACUCAACGUUGGCAAUUCUCCCAACAAAGUUUAACUCAAAGCAAAGGAUUUGUUUAUUUGUGCCAGCUAUACACACGUGAUGAUAUAGCUAACAAGUCGGCAUGCGAGCUAUUAUCAUCUGUAUUCCUACGUUGAGUGAGCAGAAUUUCACCCGCAGAAAAGCCUCCCACCUGUUAAAUUGAAUUUAACGGUUUUUUUUUCAGUGUCCAAGAGUGAUUUUUAAGAAAAAUCAUUACUUCCCUAUUGAUAUUGUUUAAUGUUUUCUGGUUCUACAGUUUCCUUCAGAGCUCCUAUUCAGUACUCUUCUUUGUAAUUUAUAUGAUGCCUUCAAUCUUCAGUCGUAUAAUUAAAAAUAACACACAAAAAUAUAUCUCAAACAUUCAUUACAGUGGGAGACAUUUGCCUUCAGGGUUAAAGUACAAGGUUAUCAAAUGUCCUAAGAAAUUUGCAGCUCGUAACUGGUCAAUUUUAUGAACACGUCGAGUAUGCUUUAUACGGAAGAUGAUUUCACCAAACAUGUACAGGCGCACAAGAAUCACGAGGCCUUUGAUAAGGAGUAUUGUUCUUUGUUUAUUGUUUUUUAAGCCCUUGAGAAUACCUUGAGACUUUCGCGUGCCUCUAGAACUUAAACUAACAUGCUCCCUUGAGUGACCAGGAAAGAAUUUCUCCAUACAAUAUCAAUACAAUAUCAAGCAGACAAGCGAUGAGAACAAAGACAAAUAUCAAUUAAGGGAUUAUUAGUUGAUCCAAUACCAAAUUCUUCGAACUAACAUCAUAAGAAUUGUAUGGCAGACAGUAAGGAAAGGGUUAAUGGUGUCUUUUUAAAGGUUCGUUGUCGUUAAUCGAAUAUUCUGUGGCUUCUAUGUGUGUGGCGGACGGUAAUAACAAUGAAAAUAAAAUUAUAUCAGAUGUCAAAAUAUUACUCUUUUAAUGGAGUAAUGUGUUGUGGCUUGUUUUCUCCUGUCCAAGAGUGUAGAGCGAGUCACUUUGAGAUCAUAAUCAGUGAAUAACUGAAUCAUAGCCGAUAAAUUAUCACACAAAACAUGCAAAAACACUGUAGUCUCGUGGCUUGAUAAAGCUGGUAGCCACAGGGUAAAUAUAUAAACUGAUGAGUAUUUUUCAUUUUGGAGGCGUCGGUUAAUGUCAGUCAUUUGUUACAAUAUCCCUUCUCGUCUUCUUCUUAGACAAACAGACUUAUUUGCGUCCGAUCUUAGAUAUGUCCUUCCGAUAAACCGUCGAUUAGGUCCGGGGGCACUCCUAGAGAUUCUUCGUAAGGGUGAGUUGCCUGGUUCCCUUGAAAACGACAUCCGAUAUAAGACCAUGAUAGUCAAAAUCUCAACCAUACCCUUUGGACGGCGUACACCUGUGUAACCUAUGUAGCCUCAUUCCUCCCCCCUCCCCCGUUCGAACUUUGAUCAAAAUACCAACUCUAUCACUAUGAACUCCCUGAAAUGUGACGAUUAUUUCGGCGUCCACUUUAUGGGUAGACAUUUAGGCUGUCUGAUAUAACUGUUCAACGUUAAAAUUAAAAUAUUUAGUCUCGAAUAAGGAGAUGAUCUCGGAAAUAGCAUGGAAAAUUUUAUCCCUCACACUUCAGCACGAUGUAUUUUUCCGGCUGAAGAAACUUGGAUGUUUCCAAUUUCAUUAAUCAGUUUUUUGUGCAAAUCAACGCGCACUUAUCACCGUGCAACAGCCUUCUUUUAUUAAAUCGUCCAUAGUUAUCUAACUUACUACCCACAGCUGAAAAUUCCACUAGAUUUUUAGACCAAACAAAGUUUUGUUUUUCUCAAAAACAAUUAUCAAGACAGAGGCUACAGAUGGGUUAUCAGUGCCUCAGGGAAUACACUACAAUAAUAACAUAUGAUAUUCCUGGCUGAAACUUGAGAGAAGGGAACUUUUUUUUGUUUCGGUCAGAAAUAUAGAGUUCAUCACUGUCAGAACUCACGUCCGUCUUUCUAUACCUGUUUCUAACCGUUCUGAAUCUUUUUGGCGUUGCCAACACAGAGAGAAAUCGGCGACGAAAAUCAGCUCAGAUUCUUGUUUGUUUCGCUAACUGGACAGAAAGGAAAGGAAGUGACAACAGAAUUAAUAUUUCUAAGGCAAGAUAAUGUAAAUAGACAUAUUUUUUUAUCGAAUAUAAUGGCACAAAAAAAACUUUUUUUUAUUUCGUAACAUUAGGCCAGAAUUUACUGAUCAGCAACCGAACAUUUUACGUCACUGAACCCUUGAACUUAAGCUCAGUUCUGGACUAAAGCCAACAAAUAUUUUAAGCCAAUUAUAGUUGUAUCUAAAGUUUUCUAUCAUCCGUUAGGUUCUUUCUGAGACAAACAGGAAAACUGAACGAAAGUCACAGAAAUGGCAGGCCCGUAUGGACGUCUUCCGCCUGGUACAGCAAAUCUUACACUGAUGCAUGGCUUUGGUUUUAACUCGUUCAAUAUGGAUUUUGUCAAGCUCGAGACACUCAAAUACGAAGGUACAUUAUAUUAACCUCUCAGGUCAAUAUGCUUUACAUUUGUAAGUGAAUUUCCGAUCUAACUCACACAUCGAGCAGAUUCACGCUAUUAAAAGCGAAACUAGACAUACAAAAUAACAGUCUGGUACAGUUCACAUCAAAGCGUUUUCGUUCCCUACUACCUUGAUGUAGUUUCUGUUUCGCGAAGUUUCACGAGAAGGGAAAGUUUUGCGCUUUCGUGUGUUAAAAUCAUUUUUGUACAACGCUGAAGUGUAAGCCUCUACUAAGAAGGAAACUGCUAAUCUUAACCGAACACAAUGUUCAUAAAAAGCUAUUUACACUAUUCUGUUAAGGUACAAUCCCUCGAUGCUCUUUCUCUGAGUACCUGACUAGCCAGAGAGGCGCAUUUUUCAAGUCAAACCUUCCGUUUUGCUGUAAUCUGCUCGGUUUAGCACAUUUUUUAUUAAAUAAUCUUUCCCCUAACUCGGUUACACUUGGUUUUUUUUUAAGAAUCCUUCUUCCCUUUGAAAGUUUUGGCAUUCCAAGAAGAUCCCCUCCCAGUUGUCUCCAUAGCAACGAAAUUCACUUGGCACGUGCUUCCUGUUUUGAGUGUCGGUAACAGAGUCAGUAGAUUCUCUCGUGACUUUGAGCGAUUUUUUGAUUGCCCUAUUUAACAUUACCAGUAGAUUGUUCAUUAAUCGAGUUAAAGUAAAGUGUCCCUCAAACCUCAAAGACUCGAGAAUUAUCUUUUUAAAGCAAAUAUAAGUUAAGGUAGUAAUCCCAUAAAUUAGAGAGCUGUGCGACCAAAAGCGCAUGAAAAGUAAUAUCACGAGAUGUGUAAAAAGGUCUCAGGGUGAAACUAUUCUCACAAAUCCUUAAAUUUAAAGCAACAAAUUGCUGAGACUAGAAGCACUUUGCCACUCACCCUUUAGCAGCGUGAGGAUCGACAUCCUCAUUUUUGACUGGUUAUGGCGCUUAAUUGGAUGAGUUGCCCACCUUACUGGGGCUGUUUUCACUGUUUAGCAUCAAGACCAUUCAUUGAAGGUACAUAGAAUAUCAUCGUGUUUUUUUUGGUCAACUGUUUCCAGAAUGAACUAAGAUUUUUUUUUUCAAGCACGGAUCUCUUUGUUCGGCAAUUUACGUGCAAGCAUUUGAUCGACUACAAAGCAAGAAGCAGGGUUUGAUUGUAUCAGUUACGUAAACACAACGGAAAAGUAGUUUGAGCAAAUGUGUUGCUUUUGCCAGGAAGGCUUCAGCCUAAUUUAUGCUAACUAGGGAUUUUUCUUGUUCAAAUGUUCGCAAAACCUUAAGUUGUGAGACUCCACUUUUCAAAUUGACAGCGUCUUUUCUCCAAUUACUCUGAUCGUUUAAUAUUAUGAAAGGAAUGGGUUCGGCUCGUUACAGUGGACUAAUCAGGGAUAAUGGCAGAUUAUGAUUAUCAAUAAUGGGGCUGUGAACCUACUCUCAGAGAUUUUCAUCAAUUUUCUUUGGCCACAAAUGACAGAACUUGUUUAAAAUCUAAACUUAAAAAAAUCUGGUAGAGAAAAAAGAGAAACUGUACGUCGUUUAGCUUGACCAGCAGAAUCUUCAAGAGAAUUGAAAAAUAUUGGUGUAUAACGACAAUUUUAUUGCUGAGCCUCAAGUAUUACAAUGCACAGCUUUAUAAAAGACAUCUUCUAUUGCCAAAGCAUGUUUCAAUCCAGGUUAUUUUAUGCAUUGAAAGAAGGCCCACUUGUAUACUCCAUCUUCACUUACACUUAUUUUCUUAUCGUUAAGAACAUAAGGUGCUCACAUUACGAUCAUAUUUGGUGUUGCUAGCAUCCACGCUUCUUUUCUCUGACUCUCAGGAAUAAUUGAUGAGUCGUUUUUUCUGUUUGUUUUUUUUUUUGCAAUAUCGGGGUGUGUCGUGCAGAAUGGUAAUAAGGAUACUGGAAGCAAGAGGAUAUCAUUGUAACAUCUUGGAACUAAAAGUAUAAAAAAAACCUCAGCCAUUUUGCUAUGAACCUCUGUAUGAUACCGAACUGUGGUCCAGGUGUGUGGGCCUCAAUAGUUUAAGUCUCCCGGUUGAAUAUCCAUACACAAUUCUCAAUUCCUUAACAAUUGUUAAAUACUGUUUAUACAAAUAAAUAUUUCUGAACUCUCUUAGUCAACAUUUCUUUUUCGACCCCUAUUUUUUUUCAGGUCCUCCAAGAAAGCAACGCAGGGAGCGAACGACUUUUACUAAAGCUCAACUUGAAAUCCUAGAGGAUCUCUUCAGCAAAACAAAAUACCCUGAUAUCUUCAUGAGAGAAGACGUCGCCACGAAAAUCAAUCUGCCAGAGAGCAGAGUACAGGUAGGAAAACUUGUUUCAGUUUGUUGUAUGUUUUUUGUUUUUUCCCGGUCGGAUUUGACUCAGGUACCGCAGCCGGGAAGGAACUGACUUUGAAUAUAACAAAGGCAAAAAAAGCAAAAUCUCUUCUUAAUAUGCCAACCACAGUUUGUGUUUGUCAGUUAAAUCGCUUUCUUCUUUUUUGAUACCCAGAAUGCCCAUCAGUCUUGCAUUUGACCUUUGCUUGUUUGUUUGCCUAUGUUGUUGUUUUCCAACUUAUUUUUGGUAAUUAAUUAUACAAAUUCUGUCAACUUUGAUUCCUGUAGCGCACCUUUAUUUUACUAGUUAAGUCUUCCUAACCUUGGAAUCAAACUUAUUUACUCUAUUAAAAAGUAAAUAAAUGAAAAAAACGAAAACUUACAACCAAUCGUCAUAAACACAUCAUUGUUGCUCUGCUCAAAUCUAACAAUUGAGGGAUUGAAGCUAUCAUUGAAGUAGGCUCUGCUCCAUAUGGGGCAUCCAAUUAAACUUACGCAAACGAUUUUUUAAUCCAGCAUUAAUCCUUUUCUUUCUUUAUUAGCUUAGUCUAUGAGCUGCUAAGAAGUGUAGUAUGCGAUAAUGGUAUUAUACGAUGGCGCAAAACUGGCUCUCUCGUCAGCACGCGAGCCCACUAGCUUAAUACAUAAUUUGCAAAAAACAUCCCUUGGUACCUCGAUAAUCGCGUUGUUACAUUAGGGUAAAAUAAUCUGAAAUCGAAAUGUACUUUGAACCUUGAUUAGUCACAGUUUUGCUAGAAUCGCAUGCGAGUAAAUUAAUUUUCCGUGAGUCAUGAGAAGUUUUAAUGGACUUCCUGAUCUUUCGAGUACAUUCCGGAUACUUGAAACCUCGGUCACGCGAUCAAAUUUGAUUGGUCAAUUGAAAAUGGAAUGGCUCUUGAAUUUUCAGCGCCUUGUGGCGUUGUCUCACCUCGUUGAACCGUUAUUGCUGCACAUGAAACCAUCUAGUGAUAUAUCGGAUAAUAUUUUAUUGCAGUUGCACUUUACUUUUCAUCUUAUGAUUUUGCCGUCUCAUAAUAGAGAUUUAAUUACUACAGUACUUUACCUGAAUGAACAACCGAGCAACCCCUUUUUGAUGCAACUCUGAAUUUUUACUACCUUCAUCACCAGCCACAUAAUUUCCAUCCCACUUAUCAAAGAACUGAGUAUUGUUUACAAUUACUUUUGUGACUUAGAAGCCUUUAUCACAAGUAAAUUGUUCCUUUUGUUUUAUAAGAUAGUAUCGAUUCCUUCUCGCCUCUUUCAGGUCUGGUUUAAAAACAAGCGCGCCAAGUAUCGUCAACUGAAGAAACAACAACAAGAAAUGCAAAACAAACCAGACCAGCUCAAAGUCAAACCAUGCUCCUCAUUACCACCCCCAGGGGACCAAGCUAUCAGUCCGGAACCCAGCAAAGCAUCGAAAAAUUUGAACUUUAGAGGAGUAGCAAUACCACAGAAUGACGUCACAGAGUUCCUGAAACACAGUAGUCUGCUGAAACAAAACGUAGAGAAACAAGAAGGUUAUCGGCCUUUUAAACCGGUUGAUAACGCUGUUGAAGACCAUUUAAUGGAUCUGGCGAAUUAUGUUCACAAAAAAUGCAUGACAACUUAAUCACAAAGAAAGAUAUAAAAAAAUUAAUACCAAGAGAGGUUAAUUGAAUGCUUACUACG